AUGGAGUUAGGGAGAUUUUCUUACUAUGCUGUGAGAAAGGGAUUCGUUCCUGGAGUAUACGACAAAUGGGAAGAUUGCAGGAAGCAAGUUGAAGGUUUCAGUGGCAACGAAUACAAAGGUUUUAAUGUGCGGGCCGAGGCAGAGCAGUGGAUGCGCGGUGAACCGUUAAGGAGAGACGGUAGUCGUUCAAGGCAUAGGAGGAUUGGGGGGUCUCAGUCACCAAAGCCCUCGUGGUUACUAGAGAGGGUUAUUUUUUUCCCACUCAAUGUCAACCAAAGAGGUAGCAGUAGCAGAGCCGACGGCAGUGGUGGCGACACAGUGGCGAGGAAACAGCAGUUAGGUUUUGUUCAUGUUGAGGACAUGGAAUUGAUGCUACUCCGAGCAUGUUUAUUCUUCGGUAUCGGAGAUCCUAUGUAUGUGCAUCAGGAGACAGGAUCAACGGAGAGUUGUGUCAUGUUCGAGUAUAUGAUCAUUCUCCGUGAUAAGUCAUUGGGUCUGGAUCUGCAAAAUGCUGAGGAAGCGGUUAGCAAUGAGAUUGAUUCUCUUAGACAGCGAAUCAAGAGGUUGGAGGAGGAGAAGGAGGACCUAAUGAACCAGGUUGAAAUGUUCAACGAGGUGUUGGACGAUUCCUAG